CCCGAGGACGGGAAGAGAUGCGGGGACAGGGGGAGGGAGGCUGCCCGUCAGCAGCGCCCGUCUCCGGCCCUUCCCCAGCCGCCACUUCCUAUGAAUCUCAGGAGUCCCCAGCCUUUUCUUCCAGAUUGGCUUGGGGCGGUCUGGAAAUAGGGAAAGCCGGCUUCGAAUCGAGCUCAGCUCCGGCGACUUCAUGGACGCAUCGAUGGCAACGGUAGAAAAGCGGUUCGCCUCUUUCUGGGGAUGUUUCUGCAUUUCCCUAGCAGGGUCUGCGCCCCUGGGAUCUCCUGUUGGUCUCCCCUCCAAGAAUUAACUCAGUCCUACCCUGCUUAUUCUUCUUGGGAUCAAAGUUGAUUGGGUCUGCAGCUUGCGAUAAUGAGAUAAUUUGGGGUCCUCAGACUCCACUCAGGACAUAUGCUGGUGGGCAUGUGCAAAUGUGUACAGAUGAAAAUACACAUGUGCACGCGCACAUCGUGCACACACACUAUCUUCUUGCUGUACACAUAUGCAGCUGCACACGUAUGCCAUAUAUCCCCACCAGUAUCAAGGAAUCAUUUGUGUAUUCUCUGCCUCGCUUUUUCCUAGGCAGAAACUGUCCUCUGUUAUCUUUUUGUGUACUUUUUACCUAGUUUGCUCAGUAAAAACAAAAUAUAUUUAUUUAAUUAAAAAAAUAAUAAACUGCUUCAUCACUAUAGCACUCUGGAUGGUUUACAAUUACAAGAUGGAAGGGCUGGAGAUGCUAUAAUGUAAACACCGCUCUUACUGAUGAUCUCUCUACUAUUUCUGAAUCCUUAUUUCUCUCUCCUCUUUGACUUGUAGCAGUCACCCUGCGGAUACUAGCUACACAUAUGCCAUUUUUAUACACGGUUAAUGUUUCCCUAGGUGCAACUGACCCAAUUAGGUGCUGCUUCAAAGACAUACCACCACUGAGUGCUCUGGAGUGGCAAAAGGUCCCAAAGCAGCAACUUUGUCUUGUAGUUAUUUAAGCAUCUCAGAUAGCUCACUGCUUCCUUCUUGUGUGCUGGCUGGCUGGGACUGGGUUGACAAAUAAGGGAUAGGAGGAAGGAGGAAGCAGAGGCUGCAAAAAGGAAGAAAGAAGAGAAGAGACAUCAAGAGGACAAGAGAGCUUUGUGAAUCUACUGGCAGGAUUGUGUGAUCACACUGACAUUUACGAUUGCUAUACUACCCAAUCCAGUGUCGUACUCUUUCAUUGGAGAAUGUCUUAACUGCGUAGGAUUUGGUAGCAGCUCCAAAUAAGUAAGUCCUGGCCUUGAGACACAGGGACAAAGAGGGUUUUUUUUGACUGCUGGAAGCAUCCUUCAGGGAAAGAUCUAAGACUCAGCUGUUCCUCGAGGAGCAGGAAGACACUCUGAUACUAUCCACUUGAGAACAGUGGGCAGGUUUCCAAAUCAGUCCAGAAGAACAUGGAGGAGAAUGCAGUUAGCCCUGAUCUACAGCACCAACGUUGUCAGAAUUAUUGUCCUCAAAGCAUUGGUGGCCAAAUAUACCUUCUGUGCAAUGAGAGGCUGAAGCAGGAGCAAUACACAGAGAUGGUGGAUUUCAGGACGGUCCUUCCACCAGAGAUGGAGAAUGGGCCAGAUCCAAGUUCCCGGGCAGUGGCUCCAGCCGGAGAGUUCCUCUUGAAUCUGGCAGAGGAGAAGAAGCGGGACAAAGAGCAGGAAUUGAGAGGGUUUACAGAGGUAGUCCCAAACUUCCUAGAAGCAGACAAAGCUUCAGCAGUGAUCAAGCCAAAAGCUUUCGGAAACAGAAUUCAGCUGGAUGGAGGGAGAGCUGCUCCUUUAAAAGGUGAUAGGAUAAUGCUGGAAACGCAGACUCAAACACACAUUCUUUUUCAAGGAAGGAAAACAGCUGCUGUGCUGGAUGCGGGGGCAUUCACUUUGCAGGAAGUGGCCGUGCAUUUCACCGAGGAAGAGUGGGUCCUGCUGGAUCCUGCCCAGAAAGCUCUGCACAGGGAAGUCAUGGAGGAGAUCAGUGGGAUUUUGGCCUCUCUAACCAACAGAAUGAUGCUGGAAACACCUACUCAGCCGCCUGUUCUUUUCAAUGGAGGGGAAAAAGCUGUUGCGCAACUGGAUUGGAGGCUCUUCACCUUGGAGGAGGUGGCUGUGCAUUUCACUGAGGAGGAGUGGGUGUUGCUGGAUCCUGACCAGAAAGCUCUGCACAGAGAAGUCAUGGAGGAGAUCAGUGGCAUUUUGGCCUCUCUUGAAGGAGAUGAAAGGGAAAUCAAGGAUGAUGGGGAACCGCCCACCAAUCAAACCUAUACAUGCCUAAUAUGUGGAAACAGCUUCAGUCAGAAGACAGAACUAAAUAAUCACCAAAUAACUCAUGUAGGGAAGAGACCCUAUAAAUGCUUUGAGUGUGGAAAGUGCUUCAAUCGGAAUGGAAACCUUGCUAUACAUCAAAGAACUCACACAGGGGAGAGACCAUAUAAAUGCGUGGAAUGUGGAAAGUGCUUCAGCUCCAAAACUCAUCUAAAUACCCAUCAAAGAACUCACACGGGGGAGAGACCGUAUAAAUGCAUAGAAUGCGGGAAAUGUUUCAGUUCGAAAUCACAUCUGACUACGCAUCAAAGAACUCAUACAGGGGAGAGACCGUAUAAAUGCUUGGAGUGUGCAAAGUGCUUCAUUUCGAACUCGCAGCUAACAAGGCAUCAGAAGACUCACAUACAGGAUGGACCACAUCAGUGCCUGGAAUGCGGGAAGUAUUUCAGUUCAAAGCCUCACCUUAGUAGACAUCAGAGAGCUCAUGCUGGGGGGGCACCCUAUGCCUGCCUAGAGUGUGGGAAAAGCUUCCUUUGCAAUUCUGCACUCGUGAUACAUAAGAGAAAUCACACAAGGGAAAAACCCCAUAAAUGCUUGGAGUGUGGGAAGUGCUUUGCGUGUAAUACAGAGCUGAGCAUACAUGAACGAACUCACACAGGAGAGAGACCCUAUAAAUGCCUUGAGUGCGGCAAGUCUUUCAGCUCAAAGGCAAACUUAAAUUCCCAUGAAAGAAUUCACACAGGGGAGAAACCCUAUAAAUGCUUGGAAUGCGGGAAGUCUUUCAACUCCAACACGCAUCUCAGAAUACAUCGGAGGACUCACACAGGGGAGAGACCCUAUCAGUGCUCCGAGUGUGGGAGGAGCUUCACUGUGAGCAGUUCCCUGACUUCUCAUUACAGAGUUCAUACAGGGGAGAAACCCUAUGAAUGCUCAGAAUGCGGGAAAUGCUUUGCUCACAGUUCUGAGCUUCUUACACACAAAAAGAUUCACAGGGGAGAGAAGCCACAUAAGUGUUCGGAAUGUGGAAAGGGCUUCAUUACACGGACAAACCUUAACACCCAUAAACGAACUCACACAGGAGAGAGACCUUUUAAAUGCUUGGAGUGCGGAAAGUGCUUCAUCACAAAGGCAAAUCUUAGAACCCACAAAAGAAUCCACACAGGAGAGAGACCUUUUAAAUGUUUGGAAUGUGGGAAGAGUUUUAGUCAGAGGAUAAAUCUUAUUUCUCAUCAAAGAACUCACAUAGGACAAAUCGUAGAAAUGCUAAAAUCCUAAAAAGGCUUUUUUUUAAGGCAGCACUUUCAAAGCUACAUUAGCCAAACUCCAUUCCUCCCCUCAAGUGAUGCCUGAUUCUACCAGAAGCAAAAAAAGAAAAACACUUCUCUCACCGAUAGGAAGUUAUUUUGAGAAUGCAUUAAUAUGUGGGGAAAGUACCUUUAGGGAAAUACCCAUAUAUAUGUUUGACCAUGGUCUGUAUGUUGUGCAAGGAAGAAAGUCCCAUUCUUCCUGCAACUGAAGAUGAUUGCUUAGAGGAACAGAAACAAAUGUAUGUCAACAGAUAAGUUGGCUUGUGAGCCAUAUACUGAUUAGAAAUAGAGAAUAUAUUGCGACAUCUGUGCAUCAUGACAGCCUAAAGCAGCUUAAAUGUAUCACUGCAAACUUUAAACCCCUUGGUUCCCCAUGUAAUAACUUAGGGACUACAGUAGUUUUAUAGCUUCCUGAAGUAGAUUGUUGAACCCUGUAACAAAACUCAACUCUCCCUCAAAUGAUACAUGAUUUUAUAAGAAGAAGCAAAAACGUCUCUCUUGUACUAAGUGAAGCAUAUCUUAGCUGAAAAUUUCAUAGAUGGAAAAAAUUAAUUUGAGAAAACAGAAGAAAAAUAUGUACGUGUAGAAAUACCAUUAGCAAAAUCAGACAAUAUUCUGGCCAUACUUCUUGUCACGCUUAGCAAGCUUUAAAAUGUCUCUGGAAGGCACGUGGAUGCAGAGUUGCCUUAAAGAAAGCACCUCACUCAAAUGGUAUCAUUAAGAGAAAAGUUGUGGGUUAUCUUUUAUCCUAGAAUUUAGGACGUGGGGUAGGAACACAGAGUCUGGUUGAAUAUUAAAAAAAGCCUUUUUACAAGUAACAGCAGCUUAAAUGAGUCUGUAUUGUAUAGUUUCUAGACUGCUUUGAAUAUCAUCUGAAUUCCUGUAGGAGGUUCAUAUGGUCAGCUGAGUGUGUAAGAAUUGAUUUACUGAAGUUAAUGCAUAGUUUCUACUCAGAACAGUUAAGUGAAAAGCUUUGCAUUGAUCCUUCACUUUUACUACUAUUUCAAUAAAACAUAAAAAAUAAUA